GGCACCGACGGACACCGGGCACCGGCAGGGACGGGGAGGGGGCGGCGGGCACCGGGCACCGGGCACCGACGGGAAGGGGGCAGCGGGAGCGGGGACGGCGGGGCAGGGCGCAGGCAGGGCGCAGGCAGGGCAGGCAGCAUGGGAGGGGACACCGUCGUCCCCCAGCACCCCGCGGCCUCGUCCCCCCGCAGCCCCGGGCAGCGCUGAGCGCCGGCGGCCGGACCCAUGGCGGGCCCCCAGGGCGGGUACUCGGUGCAGGCCACCGCCGCCAUCGCCGCCGCCAUCACCUUCCUGGUGCUCUUCACCAUCGCGGGCAACGUGCUGGUGAUCAUGGCCGUGCUGAGCAGCCGCUCGCUGCGGGCCCCCCAGAACCUCUUCCUGGUGUCGCUGGCGGCCGCCGACAUUUUGGUGGCCACCCUCAUCAUCCCCUUCUCCUUGGCCAACGAGCUGCUGGGCUACUGGUACUUCGAGAAGACGUGGUGUGAGAUCUACCUGGCUUUGGACGUACUCUUCUGCACCUCCUCCAUCGUCCACCUCUGCGCCAUCAGCCUGGACCGGUACUGGUCAGUCACCCGCGCCAUCGAGUACAACGCCAAGCGGACGCCGCGGCGCAUCAAGUGCAGCAUCGUCAUCGUCUGGACCAUCGCGGCCAUCAUCUCCCUCCCGCCCUUGAUCUACAAGGGGGAGAAGAAGGCGGCGGCGGGGGGGCGGCCGCAGUGCAAGCUCAACGAGGAGGCCUGGUACGUCCUCUCCUCCAGCGUCGGCUCCUUCUUUGCCCCGUGUCUCAUCAUGAUCCUCGUCUACCUGCGCAUCUACCUGAUCGCCAAGCGCCGCUCCCGCCCCGCUGACACCAAACCGGGCUCGGGGCCACCCAACGUCACCCCCCUGACCGCCAGGGACCCCCCGGGGCCCUGCCCGCCAGCCGACAGGACCUCGCUGCUCAGCCCCGAGGAGCUCCCGGCGUCCCCCAGCCCCCGGGCAGGGACGUCCCCGCCGGCCGGGGAUCGCCCCAGGGACACCUUGGCCACCGGGACGGGGCGGGUGGUGCUGGCCCGUGGGCCGCCGGCUCUGAACCCGUGGCGAAGGAAGACUCAGCUCAACCGGGAGAAACGGUUCACCUUCGUCUUGGCCGUGGUCAUCGGCGUCUUCGUCCUCUGCUGGUUCCCCUUCUUCUUCCUCUACAGCCUGGGCGCGCUCUGUCCCCACCGCUGCAAGGUCCCCGAUGGCGUCUUCCAGUUCUUCUUCUGGAUCGGGUACUGCAACAGCUCCCUCAACCCCGUCAUCUACACCGUCUUCAACCAGGACUUCCGCAGGGCCUUCCGCCGCCUCCUCUGCCGCCGCCGCGCCCCGACGCCCUGGUGAGGGGCUCUGACCCCCAUCUUCCUCCUCCCCUGGUCGCACUCGCUGCCCACAGCACCCCCGGGGUUUGGGUGCCCCCAAAGUGACGAUGGGGUCCCCUGUCCCCUUCUCU